AUUGGUCAACUGGAAUCACGUGUCAUGCGUCAUCUUAUCCCACGGCCAGCCCAGGGCACGCUGAUUGUCUACAGCGGCAGCAUAGCGGUUGGUUGCAUCUUCGUCGCUGAACUGUCCAACUGGAGCAGCAUUUCUCUGUCUCGGAUAGACCAACACUGCAAACCUGAAGCACCAUUUUAUUGCAGCUAUGCCUCCUCCAAUUCGUCACCGCUCCAUGCGCAUCUUUGUCAAUGAUGAUCGCCACGUCAUGGCCAGGCACUCGACCAUCUAUCCCACCCAAGAAGAGCUCGAGGGAGUGCAGAACAUGGUGUCCCACACUGAACGAGCUCUUAAGGGUGUCUCUGAUUGGCUGGACGAGCAAGAGAAGGGAACCGCCAAAGCAAACACCUUGGAGCCGGAAGGAGAAAAAGAGACAGAGCCCAAGCCUGGGGACCAGCUCACACGGUCUCUGCGCGGAGUAAUGCGCGUUGGGCUGGUCGCUAAAGGUCUUCUGCUGAAGGGAGAUCUGGACCUGGAGCUUGUGCUGUUGUGCAAAGACAAACCCACCAUCACCUUGCUGAAGAAGGUUGCAGAGAAUCUAGCCGAGCAACUUAAGGUCAUCACCGAAGAGAAAUAUGAAGUCAAGCCUUUUGUCCGCGAGGCCACCAUUGUCAUCAAAAACUCCAAAGAGCGACCUUUGACUUUGACCAUUCACCUGACGUCACCUCUCGUGCGGGAGGAGGUGGAGAAGCAAGCAGCUGGAGAAACGCUAUCAGUCAACGAUCCCCCGGAUGUUCUGGACAGGCAGAAAUGCCUGGCUGCAUUGGCGUCUCUCCGCCACGCCAAGUGGUUCCAGGCCAGGGCUAAUGGACUCCGAUCCUGUGUGAUCGUCAUCCGCAUCUUUAGGGAUUUGUGCGCUCGUGUUUCCACCUGGGCACCUCUCACUGGAUGGCCAUUAGAACUGCUGUGCGAGAAAGCGAUUGGCACCGGGAACCGACCAAUGGGAGCGGGAGAAGCCCUCCGCAGAGUUCUAGAGUGUCUUGGAUCUGGAAUCCUCUUGGAAGGUGGUCCUGGCAUCUGUGACCCGUGCGAAAAGGAACCAACUGAUGCCAUUAGUCACAUGAACACCCAACAACGAGAGGACAUUACACAAAGUGCUCAGCAUGCCUUGAGGCUUUCUGCUUUUGGACAGCUGCACAAAGUACUUGGUAUGGACCCGCUCCCCUCGAAGAUGCCCAGAAAACCAAGAAGUGAAACUAUUAUAGACUACACGGUUCAGAUCCCACCCAGCGCGAACUACGUACCCCCACUGAAACGCCCUAUAGAGGAGGAGACAACAGACGAGAAGAAUCCAAAUAAGAAGAAAAAGAAGUUGCAGAAGAAAUCUACGGACGAUAAGGCUGAACCUUCGCAGGCAAUGAAUGCUCUGAUGCGACUGAACCAGCUGAAGCCAGGGCUCCAGUAUAAACUCAUCUCUCAGACCGGUCCGGUUCACGUGCCGGUUUUCACCAUGGCUGUGGAGGUGGAUGGAAAGACCUUUGAAGCUUCAGGUCCCUCCAAACGUGCAGCGAAGCUACAUGUGGCUGUCAAAGUCUUGCAAGAUAUGGGUCUGCCUACCGGAGUUGUUGCCGAAACAACAGUGAAACAAGAAGAGCCACUGGUGACCCCACAGGAGACCGUGCUACCACCAGUGGCACAAAUGGAGCCAGAGCUAGCAUCCACCAACACGGACAACAUUAAUGACGAGAACUCUCGAGCGCAGGGCCCUAUCCUCACCAAACAUGGGAAGAAUCCGGUGAUGGAGCUGAAUGAGAAACGCAGGGGACUGAAGUACGAGCUCAUCUCUGAAACGGGCGGAAGCCAUGACAAGCGCUUCGUCAUGGAGGUGGAGAUCGAUGGAGAGAAGUUUCAGGGUACCGGUUCUAAUAAAAAGGUGGCGAAGGCUUAUGCGGCAUUGGCAGCCCUGGAGAAGCUCUUCCCAGAAGGCUCUAAUGCGGACGCAAACAAGAAAAAGAAAAUGGCUUCAAUGCAUCCCACUGGAUUUAUGAUGAGUGGGCCUCCUGGUGACCUGGCAGCCAAUCCUAGAGGCAGAGGAAGAGGGCGUGGAAGGGGGCGGGGUAGAGGAUUUAACAACGGUGGAGGAUUUAAUCAAGGUGGAUAUGGAUCAUAUGGCUAUGGGAGCAAUGCUAACACUGGCUACAGUGACUUUGUCUCAGACUCCUAUGGCAACAACGAAUUUGCGACACAAUCCGACGAGUCUUUUCAAUAAGCAUGCAAAAUAAAUGAAAACUAGAGACUUGGUUUACCCGCAUUAUGAAUUUUACUUGUGAAGUAUUACCCACGAUCUCACCUUUAAAAAAAAAACUCCCCGACGAUCACCUUAACACUGUGGAUGCAAAUGGGACUAUGCUGCAUUUGGCUGCUGUGGAAACCAGAAAAAGACGUGAUUGGUCGUUGACCUGUUUUUCGUGCUGUGAUUGAAUUUUCAGUUUUCACUUGAAGUCACUGUAUGAGCCAUUUUUGCCUCCGGUUUUGUUGUACUUUCUGAAAUUAUGUCAGUAGUAAUUACAUUUCAAUUAGUCUCUUCUGUGCAUUGUCAUGUCGUGUCGUUUUUUUAAUUUUUUAAAUGACAAAUAAAUCUUUUGUAUUGUGGUGAAUACCAUUGACUGUAAAGAAUGGGUUUCUUAACGGGUUAUGGAAAGGGGUAGAUGCAGAUUUUUUUUUAAACAUGCAUUGUGAACCAGUGAACAAACAAAGCAUCUAUUUGCGGCAUUUUUAUUGUUUUAUAGUUUGCUUGGUAUUUAGUUGCUUCAUAAUAAAAUCUGUGUAAAUUUUUUUACCUGCAAGACAAACAAAACAUUUAAUAAAUCUCGAUGAUAAAUCUCGAAGGUUUGAGGUCGUGUGCGCGUGCGUGUGUGUGUUAGGGAUGGGCGAUAAUUUCCAUGUGAUUGUCAUUGCGCAUCUCGUCAGUCGGUUUCUUAAUUAAUUGUAAAUUGCUUUCAGAUGGAGCGGCAUUUACUACACAAAGCCGUAGUUCACUUACAAUCAGGGCUAUUUUGCAUUUAUUAUCGCGGACGUAUCGCCUGCGAUACGCAUAUGAUAUGGCCCAGCUUGUCAGUGAACUAUGGCUUUGUGUAGUAAAUGCCGCUCCAUCUGAAAGCAGCUGAUGGUGUUUUAUAUAGACGGUUUCAGCAGUAACAAAAUAAACAAGCGGCUAAUAACAAAAAAGUACUUUAAACAUAGUUUAUUUAUAUAACAAGCAAAAACAACAACACAUAGAUUAUAUAGGACACCAAAACGUGUUAUUUUCGAUGAGGCAUUUGUUCAAGAGAUCAGUUUAGCAACUAGUCAGACCAUUAAAAAAAAAUAACCGGAAGUAAAGUUCGGAUCCAGACGUGCAUCACGUGCGUCCGAUGAAACCGUCUAUUACUAAUAAAGGAACUGGCUUCACUGACGAGAAGCGCAUGAUAUUGCAUGCAAAUUUGUGUGCGUGUGUGUGUUUUGUGAUGACUUUUUGCUGUGAAUAUUCAUUUGCUAAAGUUGCAUUCAAACUAACCAGUAGUAACAACUUUUUUUAAUCCAAUUGGAAUCAUUUUAUUCCAGUUAUAUAAAAUCUGGAACCAUAAAAUAAAAUUUUAUGAACAAUUAUAAUUGGCUAAUGGCGUUAUUGUAACGUGACUUUUAAACAAUACUGGAUAUUUAUUAGGGAUGCACCGAUAGGAUUUUUUUGGGCCGAUACCGAUUUAAACAGACAACUUCUGGCCGAUACCGAUAUUAAACACUUGUAUACAAUACUAUACAGUUGGUCUAUUAGCUAGUUUAUUUCUGCAUCAAAUUAUUUUAACUGAACAUGGAUUGGAUCUAAUUAACAUUCAACUGACCAACAUGAUAAGAGAGGCACAAAUUAAGCUAAAACAAAUAUAAUAAGACAGCAUGACAACCUUCAAAGGUGGUUUUUGCUAUUCAGCAUUUAUUUUAUUAACAACAUUAACUAAUUUUUUACAUAUAAUGGAUUUCUUUAUGCAGUUAAUUAAUAAACAAUCGGUAUCGGCCUUUCUCGUGCUAUUGCCGAUAUGCCGAUGGUUUCAAAUUCAUCAAAAAUCGGCCGAUAAAUAUCGGUGGCCGAUACAUCGGUGCAUCACUAAUAUUUAUUAUGUUUGAAUGUUAAAAAGAUUGAAGUCAGGUUGGAAACAACCUAAUUUAUCAUGAAUAACAAAAAGCUGUAAACGUUUUUAGGUUUUUGGUUCAAUAAAUGUAAAAAGCAUGCACAAAUUAAUUUGACAUUAUGACUGUGCAACCUAUAAAAGUACAUUUUGGUUUCAUUUUUUUUCCAUCACCAUGUAUGGAUGUUUAUUUUGUACCAAGAUGCAAUGUACAGCAAAAAUGUUUUUAGGCUCUUACUGAAAGAAAAGCCAUUAAAAACUCAAAACCGUCUGAAAA